CUUUAAAUUGAGCGGCUGUGACCUCAGGUUCCAGAAUGUCAAGGCAACAUUCUUCAGAAGAGCUAUUCCCCUUUGGACUGAACCUGUGAUAGAACCAGUUUACUGUCAAGGGAAAGGAUAGCCCAGUGCCCGGAGAACUCCUGUCACUAUGAAUUGGUUUGGAAGUGACUUCUCCAAGUUUCCCGAGGAUGUGUGCUUACUCAAUGCGCACUCUCCUCUGUCGCUUUCAUUCGUGUCAUCUGAAGAUGAACAUUUAAUUUCCAACUGGAGGAGCCAGGCGCCAGCCCAGGCUGUGGUGAAGCAGCCCGUCCGGGGAGCCAGAGGCAGGACCGCGGUCACCACCGUUGUCCAGACUGGCGGGGACUGGAGCACCGGCCUCUUCAGCGUCUGCAGAGACAAGAGGAUUUGUUUCUGUGGUCUGUUUUGUCCCAUGUGCCUUGAGUGUGACAUCGCCAGGCAUUAUGGAGAGUGUUUUUGUUGGCCGUUGUUACCUGGCUCCACCUUUGCCCUGAGAGUUGGCACCAGAGAGAGACAUAAAAUAUGGGGCACGCUGUGUGAGGACUGGCUGGCCGUGCACUGCUGUUGGCCUUUGUCCAUCUGUCAGCUGGCCCGGGAGCUCAAGAUGAGGACCUCCCAUCUCUACGAAAUCUCAGCAGCCCCUUCAACGAAGGACACCUUUGUUUAACAAAGAAAGCAAGAAACUCCUCCUCACUCCCCCUUGCCCUCUUCUCAAAACCCUCUUAGUAGAGAGACCAUUCUUCUUGUUAAG